AUGCGUGCAGACGUCGAGAAACUGGUCGCUCGUGCGCACCACCGUGAGAAGUCCUUGUCGCUAAAAGUAAAUUUCGACCAGCAAUCCAAUGGCUCCGGCUCCAACAUGCCGCUGUCGCAGAUCGAGAAGAGCGUCACCCACCUGCUCGUUGCAACGAAACAGCUCCUCGAAACCCUCACACAAUGGUCCCGAGGCCAGGCCACCGACACCCAGGUGUCCGAUGUCUACGUGAGGCUGGGCUACGAGUUCAACAUGGCCUGCCGGGCAUUCACUGCUAUCAACGUGGAUACCUCAGACCUAGGGAACGUGCCCGAGUCUCUGAGGCAUAUUCUCGAGGCUACUCUGAGCCAGGAGGCUAGUUCUGAGAGCCUAGACAAGUACCUGCCGAGGAUACGUGAUAUCAUCAUCAAUCUUCUCCACGGUCUGAAGCGGAAGCAGCAGAAACUACGGCAGAAGCAAGGCCGCGAGAAAGAGGGCGGCGGCUCGCCCGAGGGUUCUAGCAUCGCGAGCCGCACCAUGAGCAGCAGUACAGCCGGAAGCAACACCACUGGCCUCACGAACCUGCUGAACGAAGGCAUCGACAAUACCUUUAAUGGCGCGCGGGAAAGCUCCGGCUCAAGCUCUGGGACCGGCGCCCCGUCCGGCGUGAACACCUCCCCGAGUCGCCGAGCCCAACACAGGGACCAAACCCAGGCCUCUCUGACAUCGGACCAGUCGUCACUCUCGAGCAACACCAUGCAGAACAUACCUGUGCUGCCGCCAUAUCCAGGCGAUGGAUCCACCAUGCCCACGGGGCCGACGAACGGAAGCAUCGACAUUGACGCUUUUCCACCGCCUCCACCGCCGCCAAAGUCGCAACAAAGUGCCCUGGCUGCCCUGCAGAGGGGAGGUGACCUGGAAAGAAGGGCCUCGAGGAGAUACUCGGCGUACCAGAUCUCCAAGCACCUUGGUGCCCCUACCAAUGGCGUGCCUAUGCUACCCUCCCAGAACACUCCGCUACCCAACCGGGGACGCGGCGAGGUGAGGGAAUCAAUGCGGGCGGUUCAGGUCCGAGAGGCUGCCAAGCACAACAGAAAUACUUCUCAGCAGUCGAAGAGUGGGUUUGAGUCGUCGCCUGUUAGGGUACCUAGCAAAGUUUCCGAGGAAAGCUUGGCAACUAGCGAGCAACAAACACCUCGCCCCCAGUCCCCUCCCGCCACAUCUCCAGAGGACAGAUAUAAACCCAGUGCGACUAUAUCUGGACCUCUCACAGAUGCUUACCCUCUCAUCGGUGGUCCAGACUCGCCCGAGAAGACCCGCCCGCCGCAGAUCAGCUCCCCGGCCGACGCGAAGCCGCAACAACAACCCCCGAAGACGCCGCCGCCACCCGAGAAGCAGACUAAUGGUUUUGUUGAACGUUCCCCGCCACUCGAUAAAGAGCUCACUCUAUUCCUCCAAUACAAGUCCAAAGUCAAGAAGUUUGUCUUGCCUGAGGGGUACAGCGGUCUGACCAUCGGCAAGUUGCAAUUGGCUUUUAUUGAGAAGUUUUCGUGGAACACUGCGCUGAACGGCUCUGACCUUCCGGAAAUAUACAUCCAAGACCCAGUCUCUGGGGUUCGUCACGAGCUGGAGGAUCUCUCCGACAUCAAGGAUCGCACUGUCUUGGCCCUCAACAUUGAGCCUCUGGAUGAGGUGAAACGCCACAUUGAUGACGGCCUCGGCUCUUUGAAGAAGGCUGUCGAGGAGGUGAGGCAGAAUAUCGGCGACCAGGGCGCUGCUCUGCAGAGAGUCUCUGACCGGCAAUUGGAAACUGCAAAGGAGAUGGCGCGCCUGGCAUCUGCGCCACCAGCGGUUAUUGAGACUUCUGGAGCCAAAGCCUCGACUUUGGGAUCCGCCAAGCUCAGCCCUAGCCAGCUCAGGGAGCUGCAGAGUCUUAAACGUGAUCUGGCUGUCAUGCGCCAGACCUACUCGAACUUCCAGACUGAGAUACAGAAUUCCAUGUCUUCACUACGGAGCAAGGCUGCCAAUGUCAAGGUUGCCGCCGCAAAAUCGUCUGUUGGCGGCGCGGACGGUGGUGCAGGUCCCGUUUACGUUACCAAGGGCCGGAAACAGCUCAACACGGAUUCGGACCGCCUGGUCACAAAGGUUGAUGACCUUCAGGAUCUUGUGGAAGACCUCCGCAAAGAUGUUGUGCACCGCGGCGUCCGCCCGCUACCACGUCAGCUAGAGGACGUUUCGAAGGACAUCCAAACCCUCAUGAAGGAACUUGGCAAGGUCCGUGAAUAUAUGAAGCGUGAAAAGCCCAUCUGGACCAAGAUCUGGGAGAAGGAGCUGGAGGACGUAUGCCAGGGCAGAGAUGAACUCAAGGUCAUGGAGGAUCUGAUGGUCGAUCUGCAGGACGACCUUGAGAAGGCUUCCGAGACCUUUGCCCUCGUGGAGCAGGCUACCAAGGAGCAGAUGAAAGACAACACCGCUCCGACGAACCGGCAAUUCUCCAAAGGGCUUCAUAAUCUGGGCAACAGUGCAGACCCUUCUGCUGCCAAGGAAGGCGUCUUGGGCGAGGUCCGCGCACUGCAGCCCAAUCACGAGGAUCGACUAGAGGCCAUCGAGCGUGCCGAGAAGUUGAGGCAAAAGGAGCUCGAGGGUCGGUCGGACAAUCCACUUAAGAAGGAGCUGGCCAACUUUGUCGAGGAGGGCAAGCUCAAGAAGAGCGGUGGCUUCGAGGAGGUGGAGCGUGCUCGAAAGGCAAAGGACGACCGAAUUCGCAAGGAGGUCUGGGAGCGGAUGAACGGAAUCGUGUCCGAAGAUCCGAUUGAAGGCGAGUUCGAGGAGGAAGACGAAAUCAUUGAGGAAGAGGAGGAGCCACCCGCCGAAGAGACACCGGCGGCGUGA